GAAGAAGUCAUCCUGUUAGCUUUCGAAGCGACAGCUAGCUAGCGGAACACCCUGAAAAAUCUUCUUGGAGUGGAAUAAACUUUACCCUGGAUUCUACAAACAUGUCUAAAGCCCAGCAGCUGAGAGACAUGCUGAAACUACGGCUAACGGCAACUGACAAAGAGAUAUUUGAGUUGUUUGAAGAAAUGAUUACCGACUAUGAAGAAAUGAUUGCAGACUAUGAAGGAAUGAUCACCGACUAUGAAGGAAUAAUUGCAGGUUGUAAAGAAGAAAUCUGUCGUUUACAAGAAGAGAACAAAGGGGGGAAAGUGCUGGAUGCUGUCUUUAAUCCUCAUGUUUGCUUAUACAGAGCAGACAUGCACCAACUGUUGGUGAGUAAAGAACGUGUUCUCCUUGAGCAGCAGGAAGAACAUUUGAAUCUGGACCCAAAUGACUUGGAAGCUCCAAACAUUAAAGAGGAGCAGGAGGAACUGUGGAGUGAAGAUGAAGAAAACCUACAGUUUUCACAGCUUCAUCAAAGACGAAGCGAUCAGAGCACAGACGUGGAGCUUCUUUCCAGCAACGCAACUGUACACAGAACACUGAAAAUAGAAGCUCGUAGAGACGACCAUGGAGGACCACAACCAGCCAGCAACUCGGGUCCAUGCAGUCAUUUACGACCACAUACUGAUGACAGACAGAAGUUGUUGCUGUAUAAGGAGGAAAUCUUCCCUGAACAGCAGGAGUGGAAUCUAAGCAUUGACCAAGAGGACAUUAAAGAGGAACGAGAGAAACUCUGGAUAAGUCAGCAGGGACAGCAGUUUCAUCUGCUGGAUAAGGCUGAUAUUACUGUGUUCCCUUUCACUGUUUUCCCUGUAAAGUGUGAAAAUAUUGAAGAAAAAACACAGUCAUCACAGGGUCAUCAAACCCAAAGUGAUAAGUGCACAGAGGCUGGGCCUGUAGCCAGCAGCUCAACAGUACACAGAACACUGACAGCACAAGAUGAUGGAGAGGGCUAUGGAAAACCUCAAAUAGCCAGUAAUGCAGGUCAAAAUAGUCAUUUACAACCAGAUAAAAAUGGUAGGAGAUUAGACAGUUAUAAAAAUGAGACUGACAACAGUCAUGAUUGGAAGGAUACCAGAGUCCCCACUUCAGGUUUUAAGAGUCAGGAAAACGGCAAAUUCUCUGCUACCAACAUGACUAAGCAAGACUUUAAUUUCUCUCAGUGUGAUAAGGCUUGUCAUGUGAACUAUUCAAAAAUAUACACAAGACAGCAAGCAAGUGAAAAACCAUUUGGCUGUCCUGAGUGUCAUAAAACAUUUGGCCUAAAGGGUAACCUAAUUAGACAUAUGACAAUUCAUACUGGAGAGAAACCAUUUGACUGUUGUAAGUGCUUUGCAAAAUUUAGACGAAAGGACAAUCUAAUCACUCAUAUGAGAAGUCAUACAGGACAGAAACCAUUUGGUUGUUCUCAGUGUGGUAAACGAUUUGCAGAGAAGGGCAAUCUGAUCAAACAUGUAAGAAUUCAUUCAGGAGAGAAGCCAUUUGAGUGUUCUGAGUGUGGUAAAACAUUUGGACAGAAAGGAGACCUGAAAAGACACUUGAAAAUUCAUGCAGGGCAUCGACCAUUUGGCUGUGGUAAAUGUGGUAAAAGAUUUGGACUUAAAGGCAAUCUGAAGAAACACAUGAGAAUUCAUACAGGAGAGAAACCAUUUCCCUGUUCUCAUUGUGGUGCAAAAUUUCGGGAAAAGGGCAAUCUGAUCAAACACAUGAGAAUUCAUACAGGGGAGAAACCAUUUCGCUGUUCUGAGUGUGGAAAAAGAUUUGGACAUAAGGGUGAUCUGAAGAAGCACUUGCUAAUUCAUUCAGGGCAAAAGCCAUUUGGUUGUUCUAACUGUGGUAAAAGAUUUGUACAGAAGGGCAACCUGAUCAAACAUAUGAGAAUUCAUUCACGUCAGAAACCAGUUUUUAAAUUUUGUCAGAAACCAUUUGGCUGUUCUGACUGUGGUAAAAGAUUUGGACGGAAAGCCCAUUUGAUCUCACACAUAAGAACUCAUACAGGAGAGAAACCAUUUGACUGUUUUGUGUGUGGUGUAAGAUUUGUUAAAAGGAAUUUAAUCAAACACAUGAGAAUUCAUACGGGAGAAAAACCAUUUGAUUGUUCUGAGUGUGCUGCAAAAUUUAGACUAAAGGGCAGUCUUACUGCACACAUGGUAGUUCAUACAGGGACGAAACCAUUUAGCUGUUCGGUGUGCGGUAAACUGUUUGGACAGAAGGGUAGUCUGAUUCCACACAUGAAAAUUCAUACAGGAGAGAAACCAUUUGACUGUUCUGAGUGUGGUGCAAAAUUUCGUCAAAAGGGCAAUCUUAUUGCACACAUGAUAGUUCAUACUGGGGUGAAACCAUUUGACUGUUCUGAUUGUGGAAAAAGAUUUGGACAGAAGGGUGAUCUGAAGAAACAUUUGCUAAUUCAUUUAGGGGAGAAACCAUUUGGCUGCUUUAGCUGUGGUAAAAGAUUUGUACAGAAGGGCCAUCUGAUGAGACACAUGAGAAUUCAUACGGGGGAGAAACCAUUUGACUGUACUGAGUGCGGUGCAAAGUUUCGUGAUAAGGGCAAUCUUAUUGCGCACAUGAUAGUUCAUACAGGGGAGAAACCAUUUGACUGUUCUGAGUGUGGAAAAAGGUUUGGACAGAAGGGUUAUUUGAAGAAACACAUGAGAAUUCAUACGGGAGAGAAACCAUUUGACUGUCCUGAAUGUGGUGCAAAAUUUCGUGAAAAAAGCAAUCUUAUUGUGCACAUGAUAGUUCAUACAGGGGCAAAACCAUUUCACUGUUCUGAGUGUGGAAAACGUUUUGGACAGAAGGGCAAUCUGAUUAAACACAUGAGAAUUCACUCCGGUGCAGUGUCUGCUCAGACAAAGAGAUCCUAGCAGGGGGACAUAUUGAAGGAGGUGCACUAAAACCUGAUGUUAUUUGGAUCAAGCAAGAGGAAACAGCCAGGAUUAUUGAUGUAACAUUCCCCAAUGACGAUGGCCUCAAUAGGUCUGAAAGGGAGAAAAUCAUGAAAUAUCAAGGCUUUAAAAUAUGACCUCUGAACAACUUGGUCAUUGAA